GAUUCCUCGAGUCACGUGAUCAAAUUCUACUUAAGCUUGUGGCGCGCAUGAGCCUGUUCAUAUUUGAGCGCUGUACGUGAACGUAGCGUGUCAAAGACGUUAAGCAGUAAAGUCGCUACGGUUGUAUUAAGAUAUCUGAAGAAAUGAGUUCUGUCAGAAAAUCGAAGCAAGUGGAGAAUCCAAGUGAAAAUUUAAAGAAUUUUUUUACAGCACAAACAUCAGGGGUAACUUCCAGGAGAACACUUCAAGUCCUCCAGCCAUCUGCUGUCAAUAAGCCUCUUGGGAAGAAAAUUGAGUCUGGGAAGGCUGUUCCUAAGAGGAAGCUAUGGGGUGCUGUCCAGGUUAAGGGAUCAAAGAGGGUUAAAGCUGAAGUGGCAGUGAAACCCAUAGACCCAGAAAAUGAAAACCAAACUGAAGGAAUCUCUCAGGAAGCUUAUGAGCUUAUGGUCAAAGAAACCCCUACUACUAUUUACUGGAAGGAACAGGCAGAGGUGCGACGGAAAGCGCUUUUCAAUGUUCUCCAGGAGAAUGAGAAGCUCCACAAAGAAAUUGAAGCCAAAGAUGAGAAGAUUGCUAAGUUGCAAAAUGAAAAUGAUGAACUUCAGGAGCUAGCACAGCAUGUGCAACACAUGGCUGACAUGAUUGAGCGGCUAACUGGUAAAAGUCCCGACAACUUGGAAGAACUGCGAGAAAUUGCCUUGGAUGCAGAAGAUGAAGAUGACUAUCCAAAGUGUAAAAAUGAAGACUCUGGAAGUGAGGAAAAGGACACAGAUGGUGCAGAGGAUGUAGGGACUGAAGUGGAUGACCCUGAUCCAGAUGAUGCAUCAGAGUAGCAUUUAAAGUUGUGCCUUGGACAAUUGAGAACUGUGACGCGAGAUGCUGUUAAGUUUGAUUGAACUUUUGUUUUCUCAACAAGUGAUGUGCAAUUUAUCUUUAAGGUUUUUUUUUUUUUUUUUUUAAUGUAAUCUUAAUGCCUAAAGAUUUGAACUUAAUGGUGGUUAACAUGUUAUCUGUACAUAUGUA